UAUCUUCAUGAGUAUUGGUUUUAUCUGUUGCAGAUGCUGUCUUCGGUGGAGGGACAGUGAUGUGGGCAAUCGGCGGUCCGGGCUGCUCUUCUACUCGGCGGGUAACGUCCUUGGACUCCUGGUGUCCGGCGCGCGGUGGUACAGGCUGUCCCUCUACCUGAUGGGUGUCAUCCUCAGCUUGGCGGGUGAUGUCGUCCGGCUCGUCUUGGCAUUCUGCGGGUGGUGGUACGGGCUGUCCCUCCAUGCCAUGGAUGACGUCGUCGGCUUGGCAGGUGGUGUCGUCCGGUUCCUCUUGGCGUUCGGCGGGGUGCGGUGCGACUUCAGUCUUGACAUUCUCGUAGGGCGCUCAUAUCUGGCAUGGAGGUGGGUGCACAUCUAACGGUCAUCAGCUGGUUCUUCAUCCGAGCAACGGUGCGAGAAAUAGGAGUUCCUGUUUCUGGGGCGUCGUCGUCCGUAUGUUCUCCCGAUGUUUCGUCUUCCAGCUCUUGGGCUGCCAACGGAUCCUCCACUAGAAUGCAGCUCUCCUCCACCUGCGUUGACGACAAGUCAUCCAGUAUGUGUGAAUGGAAAUCGGCGGAUGCGGUGGCAGAUGCGGAUGGCGGCGAACAAUCGGGUGAGAUGUCUUCGGUGUCCGACAGACUUGGAUUGACCUGGUCGUUUCCUGCCAUGGUUUGCGGAAAAAUAACGCGACGAAAAGGUGUAGUGAAUAAAAAACGUGAAAGUGUUGAUGUGAUAUACAAAAUAAUUAAUAAGAAAUCCAAUAGAAAUUGUUAUAGCUUCGUAGUGAGUGAAAUACAGAAAAAGUGGU